AUGUCAGACCAACAGCAAGACGGUACACAAUUCCCUCCCCUUCCUCCAGCUCCUCCCUCUCAUGUCGUCGGUCAAGGUUACUCGGCCAACCACCCGGUACCCACUGUCCAGGACUAUAAAGUUACUAGAGAGGACAACGAGCGUCAAGCAAACAACUACGCCGAGAUUGUGAGGAAGAGACAGGAAGAAUCCGAGAUGAGGAACCAAAAAGUCGUUGUCCAAGCAAAUGAUGAUACCUCGGAUGACACUGAUAACAAAGAUGAGGUGAAGAAAGUCAAGCAGGAGAGUAAUGCUGCAAAGACAUCACAAGACAAAAAGGAUCAAGGAGGAGCACAAGGACCGGCCAACGAGAAAACGAGGAUGAUGGAGCAGAUGAAUGCCAAUCAAGUCAAACCUACAGAUAGAAUCAGAAAGGCAGAAAAAGGUCAAAGACGAGUGCGUGACCCUAUCACUGGCGGUGAGAUCAUCGUCAAAGACGCUGAGCCCAAAGCCACACCUGCUACCAACGGCUCCAAUGUCCUAUUUCACCAAUUCCCACCUGCUGUCCCCCCCUCUUUAGCAGCGGUUCUGAGCAAACUCCGCAUGCUACAGUAUGGAGCAGGCAUCGGUAUGUUUAUCGUGUGGCUCACCGUGGCGUGGGGGAACGGAGUGGGUUCGUUCAUUUGGCGAAGCAUCAUAUGCUCGACCAUAGGUUUCGUACUCAUGACUGCGGGAAGUCUCAUUGAGAGGGGGCUGGAGAAAGAAAUGGAAGCUGUGAGACAGGAUAUGGGUCGCGCAAGGGGAGAGGCAUUCUCCCCACCUCUGCCUGAAAGUGUCGAGUGGCUCAAUGGAUUGAUUAAGUUGGUUUGGGGCGUGAUUGACCCCGCUAUGUUCAUCUCUGUAGCGGACAUGGUGGAGGAUAUCCUCCAACAGUCUCUCCCUGGCUUCAUCGAUGCCGUGCGCAUCACCGACCUCGGACAGGGAACGAACCCUCUGCGCAUCAACUCUAUACGUGCUCUUCCCGACCAGCCCGGUGACGAAGGAUAUCCCAAGACCGGCUGGAUCAACGAAGGCAAUGACGCAAUCAAGACCAAGGAUACGGCUGGCAAGGACGUCGAGGAAGAUCAAGCGGGCGAUUAUUACAACUUCGAAGUGGCUUUCUCUUAUAUUGCUCUUCCUGGCCAAGGCGCCCAUGAGCGAGCAAAGAAUAUUCAUCUGCUCAUUGAGUUCUUCAUCGGGAUGUACGACUGGCUUCAUAUUCCCAUCCCCAUCUGGAUUCAGGUCGAGCAAAUAUUUGGCAUCGUCCGGCUUCGUGUUCAAUUCAUCCCAGAACCACCGUUCGUGCGAAACCUUACGUUUGCGCUAUGCGGAGUUCCAAGCGUCGAAGUUUCAGCUAUACCCAUGUCUAAACAUCUUCCGAACGUUUUGGACCUUCCCUUCAUCUCGAGCUUUGUCAAGAUGGGUAUCGCCGCUGGAACCGCAGAACUGGCCGUACCAAAGAGCAUGACUUUGAACCUACAAGAAAUGCUCAGCGGUGCUGCUGUGGGCGACACCAGGGCUAUCGGUAUCUUCCUCAUCACGCUUCAUUAUUGCGAAGAUCUGUCAGCUCAGGACAACAAUGGAACUUCCGACCCAUACUGCGUUUUGGCGUAUGCGAAAUUCGGCAAACCACUGUACUCAACUCGGAUCAUUCUUGGUGACCUCAAUCCGGUGUAUGAGGAAACCUGCGUGUUACUACUCACGAUGGACGAGGUGAAGUCGAAAGAGGAUCUGGCUGUGAUGCUCUGGGACAGCGACAAGCUGAGUGCCGAUGACUUGGUCGGCCGAAUCCAGAUCCCCGUCGAGGAAUUGAUGAAAGAACCGAAUAAGAUGAUCAAGAGGACAGACCAUCUCAUGGGUUUCGAGGAUGCCAAUGACAUGCCUGGAAAAAUCGUGUGGUCCGUCGGAUACUUCGAAAAAGCUCCUCUAUUGAAGGAGUUGGAGCGUGGUCCCACUCUAGAAGAGGCCAAGAAUGCUCCGGCUCCACCCAAGACAGCCCCAGAGAUGGAAAUGUUGCCACGAGAUGCUGCUCCUCAUCCGGCUAAGAAAGACCUUCCUCCUCCGCCUCCCGAUGUGCAGAAAACAGCACCGGAUCCCAAAUGGCCUUCAGGAGUGUUGUCCAUCAUUCUACACCAGAUCAACAAUCUCGAACGUCAAAACCUCGCUGGCACCUCUGGCAAACGCGAAGGAGAAGCUGGACAAGAUACAGACCAACCUUCCGAACAAUCAGACAACCUCCCUUCCGGUUAUGGCGAGUUUAUUGUCAAUGACGAUAUUGUAUACAAAACACGAGUCAAGCAAUACACCACGAACCCGUACUUCGAAGCGGGAACAGAAGUCUUUGUACGUGAUUGGCAGAAUACGGUGGUUAGAGUUGUAGUUCGCGAUUCUAGGUUGAGGGAGGCGGAUCCAAUUUUGGGGAUUGUCAGUGUGAAAUUGAGCGAGGUGUUCAAGGAGGCUUCGAGUGUUACUCAGACAUACGCGCUUACGGAGGGUGUUGGGUUCGGAAAAGUGAACAUCUCUUUCGCAUUCCGAGGAAUGCAAGUCUCCCUUCCUCCCAAUCUCCGCGGAUGGGACACUGGCACUCUUGAACUCGGUUCCGUCGCCUUCCACGUCGAUCCUACCAAUACAGACCUUAUCGAGCCCACACCUCUCAGACUCCGAGUGGUCACUUCUGAAUCCGCCGAGAUUCUCCCGAAAGCCGACGCUAAAGUAAACGACACGGUGGUGGAAUGGGACAUGGACACCCUCCGUCUUCCCGUUUAUUCGCGAUACCAAUCAUCUGUUAUCUUUGAGAUUGGUAAAUCUGGCGGGAUCUUGAACGGAUCAUUGAAGAGUAAACCAGAUGCCAUCGCUGUCUUGUGGAUGCAAGAUUUGACUGACGAUGUGGAACAAGAAAUCAAAUUACCAGUGUUGGUAGGGAAGAAUCUUGCGAAUUUGCGGCAAAAUGCCAUCAAUGAUCAGACGAAGAAGCAUCAUGAAUUUACUGUGGUGGGUACUUUGGUGGCGAGGAUCAAACUUGAUUCUGGUCUGGAUGAGGAUCACGAGAAAAACUUGAAAUUGUCUCAAGCCAGAAGACACGCUUUCGAAGCUUAUGACCAUAUUGAAGGCGAAGCAGAGGUAGCACAGAAACAAGCUCAUUAUGAGGACGACGGAGUUAUUGAUAAGCAAGAACAGAAGGAUAUUGACAGAGCGCAUAAGAGACAACUCAUUAGUCGAGGUAGAGGACCUGCACAGGUUAAGGCUUUCAGGACGAGCAAAUGGAUGCUUCAGGGCAUCAAAGAUCGUCUUCCUGGAGGAAAGAGUAAGACUCGUGAACCAACCAUUCAAACAGAAGCUUGA